CAACACCAAAAUAAAAAAAAAAAAAAGAAAUCUUUAUUGUUUUUAGCCAAAAAGCAUCUUCAGCCUGCACACAUAUCGUGUAUGUGUUUGUGUGCAUCUGUGUAUCUGUGUGCGUGCGUGCGUGUAUAUUUCCCCCCUGUGCAAUCCAUCCAUUAAUCUACACACAUAUAUAUAUAAAUGAAUAUAUAUAUACAUAACCUGAUCUAAAUGACAACAACUUAUUAAUGCGACAAUUUUGCAUGUUGCACUUGUGCAAAAUUAAUAUAAAUAAUAUUAAAACAAUCGAUAAAAUAAUAAUUGUUGAAAUCCAAUAACUAUCGAUAACAACCAAUAAAUAACAAUCGACUCGAUUCAAAAUGGCGGACAUCAUGCGUCCGCCGUUUAGCGACAUUAAGCGGCCCGACGAAAUUGUCAGAAUGACGACCGCCGACAAUCUGAAAUUUGCCGUCCUCAUCGGCCUCAUCGAGGUCGGCCAGGUGACCAAUCGUGAGGUGGUCAACACAGUUUUACAUUUGCUGGUCGGCGGUGAAUUCGAUAUGGAAUUGAAUUUUGUGAUACAGGAUGCGCAGAAUAUAAAACAUAUGCUGGAGUUGUUGGAUCAUUGUCCACCCAAUUUGCAGGCCGAGAUCUGGAGCGUGUUUAUUGCGAUUCUGCGAAAGAGCGUUCGCAAUCUUCAGGCCUGCACAGAUGUGGGACUUAUCGAGCAUGUCCUGGUGCGUCUGCAGCGCUCCGAGACUGUUGUGGCAGAUCUGCUCAUCGAGAUGCUGGGCGUAUUGGCCAGCUAUAGCAUAACCGUUAAGGAGCUGAAACUUCUAUUUGGCACGAUGAAGGCCAACAAUGGCAAAUGGCCGCGUCACUCGGCCAAAUUGUUGAAUGUGCUGCGACAAAUGCCCCAUCGCAACGGGCCCGAUGUGUUCUUCAGUUUUCCCGGCCGCAAGGGAUCGGCAAUGGUGCUGCCGCCGCUGGCUAAAUGGCCCUACGAAAAUGGAUUUACCUUUACCACCUGGUUUCGAUUGGAUCCAAUUAACUCGGUGAACAUUGAGCGCGAGAAACCCUAUCUCUACUGUUUCAAGACAUCGAAGGGCGUUGGGUAUACGGCUCACUUUGUGGGCAACUGUCUGGUCCUCACAUCGAUGAAGGUCAAGGGCAAGGGCUUUCAGCAUUGCGUCAAAUAUGAAUUCCAGCCACGCAAGUGGUAUAUGAUUGCCAUAGUGUACAUAUACAAUCGUUGGACAAAAAGCGAAAUCAAGUGCCUCGUGAAUGGACAACUGGCGUCGUCAACCGAAAUGGCCUGGUUUGUUUCCACAAACGAUCCCUUUGACAAGUGCUAUAUAGGCGCCACGCCCGAACUGGAUGAGGAGCGCGUCUUCUGUGGCCAAAUGUCGGCAAUCUAUUUGUUCAGCGAGGCGCUGACAACGCAGCAAAUCUGCGCGAUGCACCGCCUGGGGCCGGGCUACAAGUCGCAAUUCCGCUUCGAUAACGAGUGCUAUCUGAAUCUGCCGGACAAUCACAAGCGGGUGAGUCACUUUCAACUAACAACCAGUUUGGGUGGUGCUCUGCUGGUUGGCAGCGAUGCAGCCGGCGCCGCGGCCGGCAGCAGCAGCGGCAGCAGCAGCAGCAGCAGCCAGCAGCAACAGUUGCAGCUGCAAUUCCAAACGCUCGCCGCCGAGCAGGAGGCGCGCGCCAUUGACUGGUCCGACGAGCGGCUCGAUUUGAGUGCGGCUUUUGUCAAGAUCCGGGCGGUGCUGACCGCACGCAAUGCGGUCGCGCUGGCGGCUCUAACGGGCGGUGCAGCACCAACAACAGCAGCUGCCACAGCAGCAGCAGCAGCAGCAGCGGCGGCAGCAGCAGCAGCAGCCACGCCGGGCACGCAUGCCGAGGGCGGCAGCAGCAGCAGCAACAGCGAGCAGCAACAGUUGCCGCUGGCACAGCAGCAGCAGCAGCAACAAUCGAACAGCAAUAACAACAACAACAACAACAACAACACUGCGGACGAUCCGCUUGGCCAUUUGCCCACUGGAAAUGCUUCUUUUGAUCAACUGCGUCGCAUGUCCAGUGUGACCAGCCUGAGCACCAUGGGCGUGCCCGCCGCCGCCAUUGCCGGCGACACUGAGGAAAUCAACCAGCUUAAAGCUGUGCUGUAUGAUGGCAAACUAUCGAAUGCCAUUGUCUUCAUGUACAAUCCAGUGGCAACCGAUGGUCAACUUUGUUUGCAGUCUUCCCCCAAAGGAAAUGUUUCAUAUUUUGUACACACGCCGCACGCGCUGAUGCUGCAGGAUGUCAAGGCUGUGGUCACGCAUUCCAUACACUGCACACUCAACUCGAUCGGCGGCAUUCAGGUGCUGUUUCCGCUCUUCUCCCAGCUGGACAUGGCGCACGAGGGCAUAAGCGAUAUCAAGCGCGAUCCGACGCUCUGCUCGAAGCUGUUGGGCUUCAUUUGCGAACUGGUGGAGACAUCGCAGACGGUGCAACAGCACAUGAUACAGAAUCGCGGCUUUCUAGUGAUAUCCUUCAUGCUGCAGCGUUCGUCGCGCGAGCAUCUGACUUUGGAGGUGCUCGGCUCGUUUCUCAAUUUGACCAAAUAUCUGGUCACCUGCCUGUCGGCCAACAGCGACUUGCUGCUGAAGCAGUUGUUCUGUUUCUCGUUUCUCACGUGGCAGCUGCUCGAUCACGUGCUCUUCAAUCCGGCCCUGUGGAUCUAUACGCCAGCCAAUGUCCAGGCACGCCUCUAUUCCUAUCUGGCCACCGAGUUUCUCAGCGAUACACAAAUCUAUAGCAAUGUCCGCCGUGUAAGCACCGUCUUGCAGACAGUACACACCCUCAAGUAUUACUAUUGGGUCGUCAAUCCGCGCGCCAAGAGCGGCAUCAUACCGAAGGGUUUGGAUGGUCCUCGACCGGCUCAGAAGGAUAUUCUGGCCAUACGCGCCUAUAUCCUGCUGUUCCUCAAGCAGCUAAUCAUGAUCGGCAAUGGCGUCAAGGAGGAUGAACUGCAAAGCAUACUCAACUAUCUGACCACCAUGCAUGAGGACGAGAAUCUGCACGAUGUGCUGCAGAUGCUCAUCUCGUUGAUGUCGGAGCACCCGAGCUCAAUGGUACCUGCAUUCGAUGUGAAGCACGGCGUGCGCAGCAUCUUCAAGCUGCUGGCGGCCGAAAGUCAACUGAUACGCCUCCAGGCGCUCAAGCUGCUCGGCUUUUUCCUCUCGCGCAGCACACACAAGCGUAAGUACGAUGUCAUGUCGCCGCACAAUUUGUACACGUUAUUAGCGGAGCGUCUGCUGUUAUACGAGGAGUCAUUGUCGCUGCCCACAUACAAUGUGCUCUACGAGAUUAUGACGGAGCACAUCUCACAGCAGAUACUGUACACACGCCAUCCGGAGCCGGAGAGUCAUUACCGUCUGGAGAAUCCAAUGAUACUGAAAGUGGUCGCCACACUAAUACGCCAGUCGAAGCAAACGGAGUCCUUGAUCGAGGUGAAGAAGCUCUUUCUGCAGGACAUGACCCUGCUGUGCAAUAACAAUCGGGAGAAUCGUCGCACCGUCCUCCAGAUGUCCGUCUGGCAGGAGUGGCUCAUUGCCAUGGCCUACAUUCAUCCAAAGAACACCGAGGAGCAGAAGAUCAGCGAUAUGGUCUAUUCACUGUUCCGGAUGCUGCUGCAUCAUGCCAUCAAGCAUGAGUAUGGCGGCUGGCGCGUCUGGGUGGACACUCUGGCCAUUGUCCACUCGAAGGUCUCGUACGAGGAGUUCAAGCUGCAGUUCGCCCAAAUGUAUGAGCACUAUGAGCGACAGCGCACCGAUAACAUCACCGAUCCCGCCCUGCGUCAGGCCCGCCCCAUUAGCACCAUCAGCGGCUGGGAGCGUGAGGAGCUGCAGCAGCAGCAAAACGGUCCGGUUGCCAGCGCGCAGCAACAGCAGCCGCAGGAGUCGCAGCAGCCGCAGCAGUCACAACAACAGCAGCUGCCGGACAUAAAGAGUGCCGUUUCGAUAGCCUCGCUGGAGGAUGUGCCACCCGUGGAGGAGGAGGCUGAGGAACUGGAGCUGGAGAGCAUCGAUGUCGAUGCACAGGAGCUGCAGCUGACAGGCGAUGCGGCCGCAUCUACUACCGAGUCUUGCGUCUGUGCUGCCAAUGGCGAGUCAGCCGAAACGGAGCAGGAGCAGCAGGAAGAGCCGCCUAACAAGUCGGUGAUUGCCAACAUUUCGGAUGUGUACAACGAGCAAAUUAAAACAGACGAGGCGCUGCAGAGCGCUCCGGCGCCCACCUGUAAUGGCACUCUCAGUCCCAGUCCGGCGGAGCAGACGGAGCAGCCGGAGCAGACGGAGCUGCAGGCCACAGCUGGUGGCCAGGCGGCGCUCAAGGAGACGCUCCAAAUUGGCGAAGACUUGGAGGAACUGGAGCUGGCGACGGCUAAGGAUGCGCUCGAUGUGGAGCAGCAUGUGGCACAUGUGCUGCAGGUGUCCGAAGCCGCGUUGAACGAUUGCAAGCUGACCGUCGAUGACGUGUUGCAGGAGUCCUCCUCGGUGCUGAAGGACGAGGAGAUCGAGCUGGCUGUCAACGAGGUGGUGCAGGGCGUGCUCAAAAGCGAGAAGAAGACGCCUGCGCAGGACAAUGUCAGUCUGCUUAACAGCAAGAAUCUGCUCAACCACAACAACAACAAUAACAACAAUGCCACUGAGACGGAACAGCAGAACAAGGAGCAGACGCAACAGCUGGAAACCGAGGUGAAUGCCAACGAGAUCCACAGCAGUGCCGGCGAGGAGCCAACAGGUACGACAACGACGACGACAACAACAGCAACAAUAAUGGCGGAGGAGAAAAAAGAGGCGCCUGAGCUGGUUCAGGAGCAGGAGUCGAAUACAGCAGCAAGCAAUCAAAAGACUGAAGAUGCGGCCAACAAGCUGAACAACAACGAGAAACUGGAGGCCAGCAGCAACAGUAGCAGCCAGGAGCCAGCAGCAGGAGCAGCAGCAGCAGGAGCAGAAGCAGUAGGAGCAGUGGCAGACAGUGGCGACCAGGAGCUGAGCUCAACGCUGAGCACUAGCAACGCGAGCAGCGAGGAGCUAACGAUGUCCAUAACAAACGCAUGUCCCGUGAGCACAGAGCCCGAGCUGGAGGAGACAACGGAGGAUGUGGUGGCCACAGCGGUGCGCGACAUUGUCGAGCAGCUCAUCGACAAAGUAAUCGAUGCAGCCGAGGCCGAAGCCAAAACCGCAACCAAAACUGAAACCGCAGCCGAAAUCGAAACUGAAACCAACAACAACGAGGUGCAAAAGGAAGCCACAAAGCAGGCAGCUGCAGCUGCAGAGACAGAGACAGCGACAGAAACAGAGACAGAGACAGCGAUAGAAACAGAGACAGACGCAGAGACAAAGACGCAGCCAGACCAGGAGCAGGCGAGCGUUGCCGCCGCUGCCGAGGAAAUCGUACACGAGAUGGUGGAAGCAGCACUCGAUCUGGCCGAGGAACAAGCAGAACCAGACCCAGACCCAGAGCCAGAGCCAGAGCCAGGCAAGGAACAGGUGUCUGGCAUUGUGAACGCCGUGCUGGACACUCUGGUGGAUGAGACCGUGAAAGCUGUGGCCGCCGAGCAGACCACACAGACCUCGCCCACGCCCGACGAGCAACCAGCACGCAUGGAGUCACAAGCCACGUCAAUGGACGCAACAGUUACGGUGCGCAUGAAGCCCACCGAGGUGGACUCAACCACGCAGACAACGCCAAAGAACGAGGCGGACGCUCUAAAGAGUCUCGACGAGCUGCCCGAUGCGAUGGAUGAUGAUGCACAAGAUCCAACCAGCCCAGACGCUGACAUCGAUGCCGACGACGACGACGACUACGCCGCACAGCAGGCACAGCCGGCGACCAUUACGUCAGCUGCUAUAGCAGAAGGCGGCACACAGCAGGAGGGCAAUCAUUAUGUUGCGGCAGCGGCUGCGGCUGCGGCUGCAACCGCCGGUGCCGAGGGCAAGCAACAACGCUCCAAGUCCGGCUCCACACGGCCCAUGUUCAGUCCGGGACCGACACGUCCGCCGUUUCGCAUACCGGAGUUCAAGUGGUCCUACAUACAUCAGCGACUGCUCAGCGAUGUGCUCUUCUCGCUGGAGACGGACAUCCAGGUGUGGCGCAGCCACUCCACCAAGAGUGUCCUUGACUUUGUCAACUCCAGUGAGAACGCCAUCUUUGUGGUGAACACCGUUCAUCUGAUAUCCCAGCUGGCCGAUAAUCUGAUCAUUGCCUGUGGCGGGCUAUUGCCGCUGCUCGCCAGCGCCACGUCUCCCAAUUCGGAGCUGGAUGUGCUGGAGCCCACACAGGGCAUGCCACUGGAGGUGGCCGUAUCCUUUUUACAGCGCCUCGUCAAUAUGGCCGAUGUGCUCAUCUUUGCCACAUCGCUGAACUUUGGCGAACUGGAGGCCGAAAAGAACAUGUCCAGUGGCGGCAUCUUGCGCCAGUGCCUCCGUCUCGUCUGCACCUGUGCCGUGCGCAACUGUCUCGAGUGCAAGGAGCGCACGCGCUACAAUGUCGGCGCCUUGGCACGGGAUGUGCCCGGCGCGGCGCAUCUUCAGGCGCUCAUACGCGGCGCUCAGGCAUCGCCAAAGAACAUUGUCGAGUCAAUCACCGGUCAAUUAUCGCCCGUCAAGGAUCCUGAGAAGCUGCUGCAGGACAUGGACGUUAAUCGUUUGCGUGCCGUCAUCUAUCGGGAUGUGGAGGAAACGAAACAAGCGCAAUUCCUAUCGUUGGCCAUCGUUUACUUCAUUUCAGUGCUGAUGGUGUCCAAAUAUCGGGACAUUUUGGAACCACCCGCAGAGCCGCAACUGCAGCGUCAAUCGCCGGUGAUGCAGCGCAGCGCGGGCAGCGAAGCCGCCAGCGCACGUCCCUUGUUCCCGCAAUGGUCGCAUCACGUCUAUCCACAAUUUCUGCCCGAGUCACAUCAGAAUCAUGUGGCCACCGCCUCAAUGCAACAGCAGCAGCAGCAGCUGCAACAACAGCAGCAGCAGCAACAUUAUUAUCAACAUCAGCCACACAAUCAUAGCCAUCAUCAUAUGGCCGCCGCCUACUAUCAACAUCAGCAGCAGCAGCAGCAACAGCAGCAGCAGCAGCAACAGCAGCAACAGCAGCAACAUCAGCAGCAGCAGCAACAUGCCGCUGCACAGCAGCAACAGCUGGGCAACAUUUCACCACUGCCACCGAUGGGCGGCGCACACUCGACCAGCUCGUCGGCCAGCUCGACAGCUACAUCACAGCCAGCGUCCAGCUCAUCGCUGUCCUCGCUGGCCUCGCAGAGCCAGCAACAGGUGAACACGUCGGCAACACUGCAUCGCCAGCAACUGCACAAGCACCAGCAGCAACAGCAACAGCAGCAACAGCAUUUUCAUGCCCACCAGCCGCACUAUGCGCUGAUCAAUGGCCACCAGCAGCAACAGCAACAGCAGCAGCAGCAACAACAGCUGCUUAAUGGCAAGCACAACCAUUAUGCUGGUCAGGUGGAGAAUGGCACCACCGGCGGUGGUUAUCACACGCAUCCACAUGCAUUUAUGCGGGGCCUGCAAAUGAAUGGAGAGCAGCAGCAGAAUGGAAUCGGCGCUGCGGAGCAUCAUCAUGCAGCUGUCCUCAAUGGACAUGCCAGCAGCAACAGCAGCACCAGUAAUGGCAACAGCAACAGCAACAACAACGGCAACAGCAACAAUAACAACAGCAACAAAAACAGCAACAGCAACAACAACAUGCGCAAUUUACGCAAUGGAGGUGCAGCAACAGCUGCUGCUGCUGCUGCUGCUGCAGCUGCUGCAGCUGCUGCCGCUGGCGCCGGCGGCGGCUGCCUGGGCAUGGGCAUGGGCAUGGGCAUGGGCAUGAACAUGGGCAUGGGCAUGGGUAUGAACAUGAGCGGCAUGGGCGGAAUGGGAUUGAGCGAUGGCGGCUCUGCAUAUAAAACGAAUGCCAUCAAUAACAAUUAUCGCUACAAUGGACGGAACGCCAACGUAUCUGGCUCUGGAACAGGCGGCCGUCAGAUUCAGGAUAGCGAUUACGAGAUUAUCGUCGUUGAUGAGAAUAAUCCCUCGGUGCUGGCGGAUAAUGAUUCCCACUCCAGUGGACCGCCAUCCAUAAAGGCUAAUAUUAACAACAACAAUAACAACAACACUAAGACAACAACCGCAACAACAACUACCGCAACAACAACAGCUACAACAACAACAAGAACAACAACUAAAGAUACAAUCAAAAUUCAACAACAACCAUUGUCACCACCCAAGCCAAUGGUCCCAAAAAAAUUACCAAAGAGCGUCGAUUCGGAUGUGGUGUCUCUGAACAUGAACUCGACAGAAAACGAAGUACCCGAAGUCGAAUCGUCCAGCGAUAUUUUAGCCGAUGAUCACAAGCCAAGCAACUCGAACGACGAGAGCUGGACGGAUGUCAAUUUGAAUGAGGACGCAGCCGUCCAGGCGGCGGCCAGUGGCGGCAUUGUCGUGGGCCUCGUUGAUGCCAGCGACAGCGCCAAGCACGAGCAGCAGCAACAACAGCAGCAACAUCAACAGCAGCAACAUCAGCAGCAACAUCAGCAGCAGCAGCAGCAACAACAACAGGGCGUUUCGCGCGUGGGCAUGGCCGUGGGCAGCGAGCGUGGCGAUAAGCCCGACUCGGAAAUAUCGGUGGUGCGCGUGCCGGACGGCUAUAGCGUUGGUGGUGCUGGUGUUGCCGCUGGCGCCGGCAAUGCUGGCACAGUUGCUGGCACGCAGCAGCAGCGCACGCGACCCGAUGAGCUGCCAAUGAAGCCGCCGGCGCUGGUGGCGCAGCUGCCGCUGACGACGCCGUCGCGCGAGGCGAGUCUCACGCAAAAGCUGGAGAUAGCUCUGGGUCCCGUGUGUCCACUGCUGCGCGAGAUAAUGGUUGACUUUGCGCCGUUCCUCUCCAAGACGUUGGUCGGCUCGCACGGCCAGGAGCUGCUGAUGGAGGGCAAGGGACUGACCACAUUCAAGAACUCACACUCUGUCGUCGAACUGGUGAUGCUGCUCUGCUCGCAGGAGUGGCAGAACAGCCUGCAGAAGCACGCUGGCCUCGCCUUCAUCGAGCUGAUCAACGAGGGCCGCCUGCUCUCCCAUGCCAUGAAGGAUCACAUUGUGCGCGUGGCCAACGAGGCGGAGUUCAUUCUCAAUCGGAUGCGGGCCGACGAUGUACUAAAGCAUGCCGACUUUGAGUCGCAGUGCGCCCAGACGCUUCUUGAACGGCGCGAGGAGGAGCGCAUGUGCGAUCAUCUGAUCACAGCCGCUCGCCGACGGGACAACGUCAUUGCCAGCCGGCUGUUAGAGAAGGUGCGCAACAUAAUGUGCAAUCGGCAUGGCGCCUGGGGCGAUGCCAACGGCAUGGCCGCCAUCACGAGCUCCAUAACGGCCAGUGUGGGCCCGCUGGCGAAGAGCACCUACUGGAAACUGGACGCUUGGGAGGAUGAUGCUCGGCGUCGCAAGCGCAUGGUACAGAAUCCACGUGGCUCCUCCCAUCCCCAGGCCACGCUCAAGGCGGCGCUAGAGAAUGGUGCACCGGAGGAUGCCAUCUUGCAGACACGCGAUGAAUUCCACACGCAAAUUGCGGUCUCCCGUGCACAUCCAUCGUCGCAGCACAACAGCGAGUUGUUGGACGAUGCCGAGCUGCUAAUUGAGGAUCGGGAACUGGAUCUGGAUCUGACCGGACCCGUGAAUAUCAGCACCAAGGCGCGUCUGAUAGCGCCUGGCCUGGUGGCGCCCGGCACUGUUUCCAUCACGAGCACUGAAAUGUUCUUUGAGGUGGAUGAGGAUCAUCCGGAAUUCCAUAAGAUCGAUGCCGAGGUACUCAAGUACUGCGAUCAUCUGCAUGGCAAAUGGUACUUCUCCGAGGUGCGCGCCAUUUUCUCGCGUCGCUAUCUGCUGCAGAAUGUGGCACUGGAGAUCUUUUUGGCCAGCCGCACCUCGAUUCUGUUCGCCUUUCCCGAUCAGCACACCGUCAAGAAGGUGAUCAAGGCACUGCCACGCGUUGGCGUUGGCAUUAAGUAUGGGAUACCGCAGACCCGUCGCGCCUCCAUGAUGUCACCCCGCCAGCUGAUGCGCAACUCGAACAUGACGCAAAAAUGGCAGAGACGCGAAAUCUCCAAUUUUGAGUACUUGAUGUUCCUCAAUACGAUUGCCGGACGCACGUACAACGAUUUGAACCAGUAUCCGAUCUUCCCUUGGGUGCUGACCAAUUACGAUUCAAAGGAUCUGGACCUCAGCCUGCCAUCCAACUAUCGGGAUCUGUCCAAGCCAAUUGGCGCACUGAAUCCUUCGCGUCGUGCCUAUUUCGAGGAGCGCUACGAGAGCUGGGACAGCGAUACAAUACCCCCAUUCCACUAUGGCACCCACUACUCAACGGCCGCAUUCACCCUUACCUGGCUGGUGCGCGUGGAACCCUUUACGACCAUGUUCCUGGCGCUGCAGGGCGGCAAAUUUGAUUAUCCCGAUCGGCUAUUCUCGUCCGUAUCGCUGAGCUGGAAGAACUGUCAGCGUGAUACGUCCGAUGUCAAGGAACUGAUACCGGAAUGGUAUUUCCUGCCUGAGAUGUUCUACAAUGCAUCCGGCUACAGGAUGGGACAUCGCGAGGACGGCGCCCUGGUGGAUGACAUUGAGCUACCCCCUUGGGCCAAGUCCCCAGAGGAGUUUGUGCGCAUCAAUCGCAUGGCCCUCGAAUCGGAGUUCGUCUCCUGCCAGCUGCACCAGUGGAUCGAUCUGAUAUUCGGCUACAAGCAGCGCGGACCGGAAGCGAUCCGGGCCACCAACGUGUUCUACUAUCUCACCUACGAGGGCAGCGUCGAGCUGGACGGCGUUCUCGAUCCGGUGAUGCGCGAAGCUGUUGAGAAUCAAAUACGCAACUUUGGGCAAACACCCAGCCAGCUGCUAAUGGAACCGCAUCCACCACGCAGCUCCGCCAUGCAUCUGUCGCCCAUGAUGUUCAGUGCCAUGCCCGAGGAUCUGUGCCAGAUGCUCAAGUUCUAUCAGAACUCGCCCAUCAUACACAUCUCGGCGAACACCUAUCCUCAGCUAUCGCUACCCUCUGUGGUCACCGUGACCGCUGGUCAUCAGUUUGCGGUGAAUCGCUGGAACUGCAAUUACACCGCAUCCGUCCAGAGUCCCAGCUAUGCCGAGUCGCCGCAAUCGCCAGGCUCCAAUCAGCCGCUGACCAUUGAUCCAGUGUUGGCUGUGCAUGGCACCAAUAACAACAGCAACGCGGUCAGCCGUCGUCAUUUGGGCGACAACUUUAGCCAAAUGCUUAAGAUUCGUUCCAAUUGCUUUGUGACCACUGUCGACAGUCGUUUUCUAAUUGCCUGCGGCUUCUGGGAUAACAGUUUUCGUGUGUUCGCCACAGAGACAGCGAAAAUCGUGCAAAUCGUCUUCGGCCACUUUGGCGUCGUCACCUGCAUGGCACGCAGCGAGUGCAACAUUACCUCGGACUGCUAUAUAGCAUCCGGUUCGGCGGAUUGUACGGUACUGCUCUGGCAUUGGAAUGCCCGUACCCAGAGCAUUGUCGGUGAAGGGGAUGUGCCCACGCCACGCGCCACACUCACGGGUCACGAGCAGGCAGUCACCUCGGUGGUGAUCAGUGCUGAGCUGGGGCUUGUUGUUUCGGGUUCAACGAAUGGACCCGUUUUGAUACACACCACUUUUGGCGAUUUGCUGCGCUCGCUGGAUCCGCCCGCUGAUUUCCACUCGCCGGAGCUGAUAACUAUGUCGCGCGAGGGCUUUAUAGUCAUCAACUAUGACAAGGGCAAUGUCGCGGCCUAUACCAUCAAUGGCAAGAAGCUGCGCCAUGAAACGCACAACGACAAUCUGCAGUGCAUGCUGCUCUCGCGCGAUGGCGAGUAUCUGAUGACCGCCGGCGAUCGCGGCAUUGUCGAGGUGUGGCGCACUUUCAAUCUGGCACCGCUCUAUGCCUUCCCCGCCUGCAAUGCGGGCAUACGCUCGCUGGCGCUCACUCACGAUCAGAAAUAUUUGCUCGCUGGCCUGUCAACUGGUUCCAUAAUUGUGUUCCACAUUGAUUUUAAUCGCUGGCAUCAUGAGUAUCAGCAGCGCUACUAAACCAGCGAGUGCGUUCCACAUUUCACACAUUCCACGUUCCACAUCCACACACACACGGACAGCUGAAUCAAAAUUGCGAGAGCGCCGCGAGCGAUGUUCAGGCAAGUUCAAAUGAGAGCUGCAGAGAGCGCAACGAUGUACUUAAGAGCGUUGAAGAGAGCUCGGGUGUUAACUUGUUUCUUUCUACUUUUCAUUUUUAUUAUCGAUAGACAUUUACAAUUCUAGGCUAGUAUGCAAACGAAACUAUAUAUUUUUUUUUGUCUAGUAUUACUUAAAAUAGCAUAUUAUCUAGUAUGUUUGGUGUGAGCCAGUCGGAAAAACAAAACACAUUUUUUUACUAGUUAUACGGCGUGUAGUACGUUAAGUUACAGCAAUGAGACAAGAAAAGCAAAAAUAUUAAAUAAAAACACAUAAGAAAAACAAAAACUAGAAGACAAGAAAGAACACAACAAGCAGCAAUCGGCUUAAGUUGAGUAGUUUUAAUAAGUGCAGACAAGAAACAGAAGAGUUAGUGUUUAUAAAACGCAAUAAGCAGUUAAUAAAACUUAAAGAAAGCAUAAAAAAUUAAAAUUAAAAACAAAAAGAACAGAAAGAAACUUUAAUAAUAACGUAGCAAAAGUUCUCACAAAAUAGAUAAACACAAAAGUAAGCAAAAAUAACAAAAAAAGAAAACGCUUGAAAUGAAACAAAACGAAGGUAAACGAAACGAAACGAAACGAAAUGAAAUGAAAUGCAAAAAAUAAAAAUAAGAAAUGAAACCAAGUGGCCAAAUGUAUGAACCCGACAAAGAGAGAAGCCAGAGCCGAGAGACGAUAAGUGCAACAGGAGAGAAGCCAAUUUUUUAAAUACUUAUAUUUACAUGCAAAGCUUCAAAUAAAAUGCUUAAGCUUGUGACGUCACAAGUGGCACAGUAACAGAGUCACAAAAAAGCUAAAAGAUAAACAAAAUAAUUUACAUAAAAAUGAGUUUAAUUAUAAAUGCCGUGGCAAUAAAUGCGAAGCUAAAGAAUUCGCGAACAGCGCACUUGCUAAAUACGCGAUAUUUUAAUAAAAAAAAUUACUAAAAAUACAAAAUGAAAAACUAGUUGAAACUAAAACUAAACUCAAGAGGAAUAACUCAAGCUAAAUAACUCAAAAUUUAUCAACACUGCUAAAAGCUACUAAUAAAUACUUAACAGGUAAAACAUAUAAUAUAUAUAUUAAAUAUGCAACUUAGCAAAAUGGCAGAGGAUAUCGUUUUUAUAAAUAUAUAUAAUAAAUAACACGCAUCCGCAAUGUAGCACCGCACACAAUUAAAAAAAAAAAACAAAAAAAAAAAGCCCAAUCAAAACCUUGGCAAAAUUUAUUGUAUUUUUUGCCGUUUUGCAACACUUUUCAUUGCGUCCGAAUGAGUGGAAAAGCAAACUAUAAGUUUUGUUAGCUUAAAAAAAAAAAAACGAAAAGAAACCGAAACCUUAACCUUCCUUAAAACCUUAAACACGUACGUCCACUUUACAUUUAACUGAA